AUGAGUAUCAAGCUACAUUUUCUCUUCUUCAUGGGAUUAGCCAUGGCUAGUAGUAGAGAUGCUGCAUCAUCUUCUCUCCCAAAAUCCAUUAUCAAGAAGAUUGAUUCAGUUACUGACCAUGCUGAUUACGUAUCAAUUGACCCCCACUAUUCAUCUCUAACGAAACAAAUCCCAAAUAAAAUCAAGGGAUCCACUGAAGAUGUAGGAUCAUCUCAUCUUUCCUCUGACAUCAUUAAUCGAUACAGAUCUUUCAAAGAAUCUGCUGACAAUGUCGGACCAUCUCGUCUCUCCACUGACAUCAUCCAUCGAUACAGAUCUUUCAAAGAAUCUGCUAACACCACUAACCAUCAAACUGACCCUAAUCAUCCACCACCAACUCUCCAUGAAAGCAUGCCCUCCAGAAGAAAGAGAUCUAUCUCCACCAAUUUAUCUGCUCUAUCCAGACUCAGAAGAUCAUCCAACGAUGCCACCUUCUCCACUCUCCAAUCCCAUAUUUCCGCCCUCGCUCGUGUUGUGACUGGAGUUUCGUUGUACAAUGGACUAAUCGACAAAUCCAUUUCUUCUGAUCAAGCAAUUACUGAACUGAUGAAUCUUGGAUCAAUCCAGCUGAAGGAUUUGGAAACUUUUGACAACAAAAAAGUCGAUGAAUUCGUGAAGAAGUUGAAGAAGACUAGCACCGAAAUGAAUACGAAAGCCGAAGAAAGUGAGCAACAAAUUGUUGAUUUGCACACGAUGAAAGUACUGUGGAGUGAAUCAGGAGACUUGAAAACGAUUCCGGACAAAUCUCGCUUCGAUGACUUGAAAUUUCUGAAGACCUUAGAUUUGAAAGUUUUGGAGGAGUUCAAAGUUGGAACCGACUCCCAGAAGUCAUUGGAAUCGUUGAGAAGUGCUGCUAAAUCUGCCGUGGAUGCAAUUGGAAAAACGAAUGCUUUGAAGACUCUGAAAGAUAUGAUGUCGGUCCAUCGUUUUGCGCAAUUGGUGGAUUACUACUUCAAUUCUGAAGUAGUCAACUUAAGAUACCCAGGUGUCAUUCUAUCAGCUAAUAUUCUAUUAGUGAAAGAAGACUUCAAGGAGCUACAGGAACUAGCUGUAAAACCAGACUCUGUUUUUUUGACAAUGAAGGAGAUUGUGAGCUCCAGUGCGAAAAACAAAAAUGCACGUCAGCAUACGUCUGGUUUCAUCAAUGGAUAUAAUGAUUUGAUGCAAGCUUCAAAAGAUUCUGGAGACUCAUGGUUGCAAAAGGCCUUGGGAUCGUUUGUUGUGGCAGAUGAACUAUCGGUUUUCAAAGAAGUAGAAAAAGAAAUGAAAUCUUUGGAUAACGUUUGGAACUCUGCGAGAAACGAUAACAUCAAGCGGUCUCUUCACCAAGCCGAACAGUUGGAAACGAACACAAAAACUAUUAAGUAUGAAUCUAAUUCAUUUGACACGAUGCUGAGCUCAUUCCAAAACUGUCAAUUCCCGCUACAUGUGGAAAGUUUUAAAAAUGAUUGGGUGAAAUUGAGUAACGGUCUGAAGAAGGUCAACAGAAAAAUUGAAACUGUUUAUUCAAUUUCUCGAUUCACUGAAGGAAGAAAUGGGAACGCUUCGGAAACAUUGAACUACUUGAAACCGCAUUUGCAAACACUCAACCAUGGUCAAAAAGUCAACGAAAUAGCGAAAGGAAUGAUGUCAGGAACGGAUUAUCACUAUCUUACAAACAGUAUUGCUACUGAUCACGAAAAGUUCUUCAAUUGCCUCAACGACAUCAAAGAAGAUUCAAAUGGAUUUUCGGCACCUGCUCAGUUGGCCCUCGAUAUCAGGCAACUCAAAAACUCAACGACUUUUGAGACUGACAUUGCGACUGCUUCAUCUGCUGUUACUGGUUCUUCCAAGCACAUCUCAACGAUUCGAUCAAAGAUUGAGGAGAUCACAAAAUCAGAAACAGGAAAGAAGUUGGUUGAAUUCAAAGAGUUGGUAAAGUUUUCGAAGCCACUUGGAGAUUCUUCGGAAGCUUUGUCAAGAGUUCAGAAGGUGUUGGAGAGAAAGAAAGAGUUGUUGUACUUCGUGGAAAAUGGACACUUGGUGGAAGACGUUGUAGAACUAAUACCUGUGUCGUUGGCACAAUUUGGAGUCAGGAAAAAUUGGUACGGAUUCGAUGAAUUGAGUUCGAAAAUCCUAAAUCAGUUGGAUAAGAUUCAGAAAUGGAUUGAUGGUUUGGUGAAGUCAGAAGAACUGGACUCGUACGGAUCUGCUCUGGAGAAGUUAUCUGGAUUGGGAGAUGUGGAUUUGGAGAUGAAUCGGAGACUGGCGGCUAUCGAUUUUCUUCAGCAACAGAUUAUUCGGUUCAACCUACAAAGACCAGAAAUUGUGAAAUUCAAAGAGACGAUCAGCCCAUUGGAGUCGUUGAAUCUUGAAUUCUCGAAAUUCGAUGCAUCCUUAUCAACCAUGUCUUCAACCCUGACUGGACUCAAAAACGUUGGAGAAAAACCGGUGAAAAGUACCACGAUGGCUGCAGGUCUGAUUGGAGAAGAGAAAAAGUUGACCGCAAGAAAAGACACUGUCAAGUGA